CAUUUCUGGCGCUGGCAGAGCAGGGGCUGCGAACGCACCAAUCAGGGCGCAGCUCCGCCCCUAUAAAUACUAGGCAGCUCCUUUGCCGGAGUCCAGAGACUUUACUUUUGCAGCAGGUCCUCGUGGUGUUUUUUCUUUGCGGGGUUCCUCCUCUCUGACUUCAGCACCCUCGAGAGGCCAAGCCAUGUCGGAGACGGCUCCCGAAGCGCCGGCAGCAGCAGCGCCAGCCGCCAAGGCGCCGGCCAAGAAAGCCAAGAAGCCUGCGGGGGCUUCCAAGCCCCGCAAGGCUUCUGGCCCCAGCGUCACCGAGCUGCUGACCAAGGCGGUGGCCGCCUCCAAGGAUCGCAACGGGGUGUCCCUGGCUGCCCUCAAGAAGGCCCUGGCAGCCGCCGGCUACGAUGUGGAGAAGAACAAUAGCCGCAUCAAGCUGGGCCUCAAGAGCCUGGUCAGCAAAGGCACGUUGGUGCAGACGAAAGGCACCGGCGCCUCGGGUUCCUUCAAGCUCAACAAGAAGCAGCAGCAGGACAGCAAGGACAAGGUGGCCAAGAGCAAGAAGCCCGCCGUCAAGAGCAAGAAGCCGGCAGCCAAGAAGCCCGCCAGCGCCGCCAAGAAGCCCAAAAAGCCUGCUGUGAAGAAGAGCCCCAAGAAAGUGGCCAAAAAGCCUGCUGCUGCAGGGGCCAAGAAGGCUGCCAAGAGCCCCAAGAAGGCGAAGGCUGCCAAGCCCAAGAAGGUGACCAAGAGUCCUGCGAAAGCCAAGGCAGUCAAGGCUAAAGUUAAAGCCAAGCCCAAGACCCCGAAAGCUAAAGUGGCCAAGCCCAAGAAGGCGGCGCCCAAAAAGAAGUGAAGAGGCUUCCUCGGAGACUCGUCUCUCUCGUCCCAAAGGCUCUUUUAAGAGCCAC